CAUGUGGCGCUGAUGUGGCAAUGCCAUGUCAUUUGACAGGUUGGAUGUUUGGUAAAUUUCAAAAUUUGUCUAUUAGUAGCUUUAGGGGUAGAGAGUCGAGAACCGUAUACGAGUCACGUCAAGAAAGGUUUUGAAAUAAGAAGCUGGGUUUCGAAGCAACUUUCUUCUGCUAGUCUUCAAAGCGAAGUUCAACUUUUGAAAGCGAAGCGAAGUUCGAAGCAAAUUUCUUCUGCUAGUGUUCGAAGCGAAGUUAAACUUAAGAGUUUUUUUGAUGGCUUCAAAUGGUAAUGAAAUGGUGGAUAAUGAAUGUUAUGCGUUGGGUGAUAUUGAAGUUACUAAUGUCAUCAACUACCAAAGCCCUGAGGUGGUUGGCAAUCAUUUGGAUACUAUGGGAGUUGAUUUUAAAGAUAUUGUUCCUGCGUCUGGAAUGAAAUUUGAAAGUGAGACAGAAAUGUUUGAUUUAUACAAGAAAUAUGGUGAACUUAAUGGAUUUCCUGUGAAACGAAGAACAUCAAAUAAGGACAAAGAUGGAAUGUGCAAGUAUGUUACAUUUACCUGUGGGAGAUCAGGUAAGUUAAUUAGUCGGUCCAAGAAUGUUAUAAGUCAUCGUCCGACUCAAAAGAAUGGUUGCAAAGCUAGGUUAAGAGCUCGAAUAUCAGCAGCAGAAGGGAAAUGGGAGAUAACUUCGUUUGAGGACCAACAUAAUCAUGCAUUGAGUCCAAACAAAGCAAGGUAUUUUUUAUGCAAUAGGGAGAUUAAUCCACAUGUGCAGAGACAGUUGGUUAUAAAUGAUAUUGCUGGGAUUAGGCCUAACAAGAGCCACAGUGCACAAGUUAUUGCAGCAGGAGGGCAUGACAAUUUACCCUUUUUGCAAAGGGAUACUCGUAAUCUUAUUGCUAAAGUGAGGCGUAUACGAAUGGGUGAAGGCGAUGCUAAUGCAAUACAGGGUUAUUUUGCUAAGAUGCAAUCUAAGAAUGAAGGUUUUUUUUCGUUGAUAGAUUGGGACGAGGAAGGAAGGUUAAAAAGUGUUUUUUGGGCUGAUCCACGUAGUAGAGCUGCUUGUCGUGAAUUUGGUGAUAUUGUUACAUUUGAUACUACAUAUUUGACAAAUCGGUAUGACAUGCCAUUUGCCCCAUUUGUAGGUGUUAAUCAUCAUGGUCAAUCUAUUCUUCUUGGGUGUGGUUUAGUUUCUAAUGAAGACACAAACACAUUUAUAUGGUUGUUUAGAACUUGGCUUACAUGCAUGUAUGACGUAGCUCCACAAGGGAUCAUAACGGACCAAGACAGGGCCAUGAAGAGUGCAAUUGAAAUUGUUUUUCCUCGUACCAGGCAUAGGUGGUGUUUGUGGCAUAUCUUGAAGAAGGUGCCUGAGAAGCUUGGGUCUUUUAAGGAAUACGUUCGCAUAACUUAUGCUAUGGGGAAUGCUAUAUUUGAUUCUCAGAGUGUUGAACAGUUUGAAUGUGGUUGGAAAUUGAUGGUUGAAAAGUUUCGGUUGGAAGACAAUGUUUGGUUGUCAUCUUUGUAUGAGGACAGGGAAAUGUGGGUCCCAAUAUAUGUGAAGAAAUUCUUUUGGGCAGGUAUGUCAACAACUCAGAGGAGUGAGAGUAUUAAUGCAUUUUUUGAUGGUUAUGUCCACUCUAAGACAACUCUUAAGCAGUUUGUGGAGCAAUACAACAACGCAUUGAGGGACAAGGUUGAGAAGGAAAGUCUUGCUGAUUUUAAUUCAUUGCACAAGCAGCUACAAUUGGUAACUUCAUUUGAAAUGGAAAAACAGAUUCAGAAAUUAUACACUGAAUCGAAAUUCAAGGAGUUUCAAAGUGAGUUAUGUGGGAUGAUGUACUGUGGGAUCUUGGAUGUUGAGAAUAUUGGUGAUUCGAAGGUCUUUAAUGUGGAAGAAGAUAUUGCAUUUGGUGAGAACUGCAGGAAAAAAGUGGUUUUUAAGGUUUUAUUUGUUGAAGGAACAUUGUCAGUGAAGUGUACAUGCUACAGGUAUGAAUUUAGAGGAAUAUUAUGCAGGCAUGUAAUAAUUGUGUUCAUUCGUAGUGGUCAAUAUUUGGUUCCAGAUAAUUACAUAUUUACUCGGUGGAGGAAAGAUGUGAGGAGAUGUCAUUCUCGAGUCAAAAUCAAUUACGAGGGAUGGAUUGUGACAACUGAGCAGCUUCGAUAUGAUGAGUUAUGUAACUUGUUCACCAUUGUCGCAGACAUGGCUUCUUUAAGUGAAAUCAAGUACAAGUCAGUAAAAAAAUGGAUUCAAGAUGAAGCAAAGACAAUGGCACCCACAACAGGUAAUUGUUUGUUACCGGGUAGAACCCCAAACGAUCCGAUAAUCCAAAGAACAAAGGGACGUCCUCGUAGUGUGAGGAAGGAAAAGAUUUUCAAGAGAAAACGGGUCGGACGAGCACAACCUGAGGCGAGUACAGCACAACAUGAGGCGAGUACAUCAACGACAACUCAAAUAUUAGGGAUUGAAGAGAUAAUGGAAUCAAGUCAAUUCAGGUCAUGAUUUUUGAAAGAAGAAGGAGUUCAUUUUAAAAAUGUAGAACAUUUAUCAACUUAUCCAUUUCACUUUUAUUUGUAUGAAUUAUGUUGUUUAAGACUAUUGUGAAGUUAAGAUUCUGUUAUGUAAUUUUUAUGAUUUAACGAGUA